UAAAAUGUAAACAUAGGCCAUAAUUCCUCUGCAUUCUUGUCGUGAGGACAAAUAACUAUGGCCGCUAAAGUGUUGUUAGGGACCUCGAUGCUAUUUUACAUGAAACAUUCUACGCAAUUUCAAUGAAUAAAUUUACAACCAUUGCUUACCCACAAUUUCAACAAUCUUGACGUGAGUAGAAAAUACGGGUAGGCUGACUGAAGUAAGAAAUGGAUAAAUCAGCAGUGACUAAGUGGAACAAUAACAGUGCCAUUACGUUUUUGCAACAAGAGCAUUCUGCAACCCUGAAAGCGUUACAUUCAGAGAUUGAAGCGUUGCAGAAGCAAUGUGCCGAUUUAACUUUUCAGCUGACAAUGCAAGGAUUGGCUAUUGAUGGAUCAGGUAAGUUUGAUAAUGAUAUGCAGAAAGUACAGGAUGAGCUUGAACAGACCAGAGAGAAAAUGGUUGCAUUAGAAAAGGAACUGAGUGAAAGAGACAAAAAAGUCGAGAAACUUGAGCUGGAGGCCAAGACGCAACGAAAGCGCUGGCUGGAUGAAAACAGGCUUCAGUUGCAAACAAUGAACACGCUCAGAGCUGAGCUAGAAGCCAAAGCAAAUAAUAUUGCUUACCUCACAGCAGAAAUGAACAAAAUGAAGCAGAAAAUCAAAACGGAUCAUUCUGAACCAGCAACUAACCCCAGUAUUUCUUUCCACGGAGGACAUGCUCACAUGGAGGCUUCGAUUCCCAUCAUAAAAAAACCUGUAGCUCAUCAGCACUACUUCCCAGUUCCUCCCGCCAAAGAUAAGACAAUGAGUUUAUCCACGGGGAACACCCGCAUUCGUAGAUCCAAUAAGCACAGUGGAGAUGUUGGGAAGGCUAGCAAGCUGCCGAACCAACUUAUGGUUAGCCCAGGUCGAAGCAGUGGGUCAGAGUCACCUGACAUAACCUCAUUCCUUCCCUUAGCCAAUCAGGAAAUUCCGGUGAUUGAAGUGAAGCAGCCGCCUAUCCUCCCCCCAAUUCCAGUAAGUGCAGCCACCCUCUCAAGUUUUCACCCAGUCUCUAUGCACCGCGUAGUCUCAGCGGCAUCACACUACCCUCAAAAGAAAACGAGUCUGUCAACAAAAACGGAACUUGUUUCUUUAGCGAUAGAGAAUGCAGCCAAUGCAGAAGCCUCGUGGAAACUGACAGAGUCAAGAAGUUCUGAGUAUAAUUAAAAGCUAAUGUCAGUCACAAUCAUGAUUGUUUUUUUAACACCAAAUAUUUCACAUUAAAAUGGGAAAAGCCAUAUUGUCAAUGGAAAUAUUAAUCAAUAAUUUUUUUUUCUUUAGUUGACAUAGCAUCAUGAAAAGCUAAGCUAUUAUUCUUAUGUUCAUAAAUAUUAAAUAGUUUAAUGAGACAUCGACAACUCUUGCACAGAAUCAUGGUAAACUAAACUAAUGUUCAUUACUUGUAGUAAAUAAUUUUUAAUGUUUGUAAACAUUAUAACUAGAUAAUAAGAAAAACGAAAUACACAAGGCCUUGUAUGUCUGUGUAUAUAUAGCUCAGUAAGUGUUCUAAAGAAUUCAAUACCCUUGAAUUGGUUCUAAAUAUUGUAAAUGUUAAAUGUCACUUCAUGAGCUGGCUGUUUAUCCUAGGAGUGGAUGGUACUAAUUUACUCUUUUUUAUCAAUUAUUUUGGUUGUAAAACUUUUUAACACCUGAAAAGUAAAAGCUCUAGUGAAAAUAGAAGAGAAUAUGCUAUCGCAUGCUCAGCUGGCUAGGGUCGAAUCUUUUUUUGUGAACCAUGUGGGGAAAGGGAGGGGGGAUCUUGGCAACUCAGCUACUGUCAGGAUUUGAACUCGACUACCCUUGAUAGUUAGCCAUUUGGUUUAAGCCUCUCAACCACACUUCUAAUUACAUUUAAUAUUUACAUCUAACAAAAUCAUUGCAAAUGUUACUUUUGUCUCAGAAUGUUUUAAGUUAAUAAAAGUGUUUCAGUAGAACAUCAAUUCUUUCUCGUAAGAAAAAUCCUUUGUAUUAGUUUUACAUGAAACUUAAAUUUGGUGGUUUAAAUUUGUUUCUUCCGCAUAGAGUUACUCUAAAUAUUAUUCUGUAAUCAUACCCCCUCUUACAGCUGGACCAGUCUCAAUUCCUGUUGAUUGUAUCCAAAAAGUUAUCUCUGUCGAGAGUCAAGCUUUAUUUGAUGGACUGAAUAUAAGGGGGGCACCUACACCAUGAAAUUACUAUUCACAAUUUCAUUUUCAAUUCUGUGACAUAAUGAAAUGAGUUACUCAUUCAGUGCACAUUGUUUCAUGCCAUACAUUGAAUACUAUGUUUUAUACUCAUCAACACUUUUAUUUAUAACUAUGUCAUUAAAUUGUAGUCUAGAGAGAGAGGUCUUAUGUCCACUUUGUUCAGUUUAGUUGACAAUUAAAGGAAACUAAUGUUGUGCAAGUUCCUUGUUCUUAGUUAGGCUUGUUGGUUUUUUUUAUAUUUCCAACAGUUCGCUCCAUACAAAAAGCAUUAUUCACUUAUUGCUCAUUGAACUUUGUUUAGACUUCACCAUCUAUACUAAAUAUUUAAACUUUUAAAGAAUAAAUAUGUGCUAUCUAAAAAUAUAUUAGUAAAAUUUUAUUAAUUUAGGUUUUUCUUUUAAGCUAAUAAUUUGAAAUAUAUACAUUUUUAGCGGAUUAGUCUUGAAUUAAAAGUUUCUUAAAAGUUUUUAUAAUGGGAUACAAUAAAUACAUACAUGCCAGACAUAUGAGGCUAGGUAAAUUUUUGUUGCAUAAAUAAUCAAUAUGUGUAGAAUUUAUGUUACAAUUGAAUGUUGGAGAUGACAGGUUAUUGAAGGAUUGAAUUGAGGUGCUAAUGGAGUGUACCAGCGAUGUGCAAAUAAAGUGAACCUGUAAGAUUGCUUUGAACUGCCUGUUGUUAAAAAGAAGUGUCUUUUGUCAGGUUUGUCAGUAAGCAACCUGCUGAACAAAUAAACAUUUAUUCUGUAUUAAAUUUUAUGCUACUAAAGUUCAUACUCGUCUAAUAUGAUAUUCUGGGAGGUGCAUGAAUCAACCUUAUUUACAAGAUAUUUAAAGCUCAUCUUUAGAUUCUAUAAGAUUGAUUUCUUUAUAUUUCCUUACAGAGUUGAACAAAGGGAUGCUAUUACAACAAAAAGUUUACUGACACUCAUGAAUCGUAUAUCUUUCUUAGAAAUUGAGAUUAUUGUGAAGCAGUGAUACUUUUUAUUUGUCAUAGUCAUUUGUUAGUCUAUCCAGUUUUUUUUUAAUUCUACAGCACUUCUGCUUCUAUCUUAAAGUCUGGCCACUUUUAUUUUUUUUUUCUUCUAAAACUCUUCUGCUUCUAUGUUAAAGUCGGCCCCCCCCCCUUUUUUUUUUUUACAAACUUCUGCUUGUAUCUUAGAGUCUGGCCACUUUUCUUUUUUACUACUCUUCUGCUUGUAUUUUAAAGCUAAACCAUUUACAUACCUGCGUAUAUAUGUCCAGACUCUUUCUAAGCCUGGGCUAUCUAGAUAUUGAAGUAACGUCUGUAUUUUAUCAUUUUUAUGAGAUAACACGUUGACAUUGGCUUUUAUACUAAACUAUUCUCCACUUCAACAUAUAUAUGUUUCUACAAUGUACUGAAGCAUAUCUACACAUAUGUUACUACUUUGUUAUGCUUUUUUUUUUUUUACAUUCUUUUAUUUAUUGUUUGAAACUAAGCCAUUCACUACUUUUGACUGUGAUAGGAAAUAAAGUUUGUUUUCAAACAUUCCUUCUAAGUGAUUUUCUGAUCCACCAUGUAAAUGUCUGCAUACUGUUGUUGUUACUGACAAGAUCUUUGCUUGACCCAGAAUACACUUUGCAUAUGCAGUAGCUUCAUGGCAUAGUUCUCUUAAGAGGCAUUGAAUAUAAAAAAAAAAAAGAUAUAGCUACAAAUGAGUAAAUUAAUGUUCCUUCUUCCCAAGUGAUAUUAGAGCAUAGAACAUGUUGCCUGAAUUAGCCAGUUUUCUUAGCAUAGUUUAGGUCUCUAAUUAACAAGCACAGAAAAUGUAAUUAACUUCUGCAUUGAAGGAACUUACAAUUUUGAAGAUAUGUAUAAAAAAAAACUUGUAUAAAAAAAAAAAAAAACUAUUGGAAUGAGGAACAUAGUUAUAGUUAUCAGAAUUAGAUUUUAAAAAAGUAUGUGACCAUUUUCUGUACAGAAUUCUGUUUUCAGUUUCUCCCUUUUAAUCAUUGUGCUUCAUUUAAAAAGAGUGAACAAAGUUGUUGUUUUUUUAUGUAUAUGUGAAUGAAUCUUUCUAAUAAAAUAAAGGUGACCAUACUGCUGAAUAUAAAUUUAUAUUUUUUUUUUCGUUAGUGAUGUAGCGUAACUUGAAUAUAAUUUUGGAAAAAUAAAGCAGCAAUAUUUUUACUUGAUA